UUUAUGCAUCGCCCUAAGUAUUUGUAUCAGGCCAUGACGAGGUGUGAUACCGUAGUGGUGCUGCCCUUGAGUCUUGCGCCAUAGCUUUGGGAGGUCUUCAUGACCAAGGCAGCAGCUGCUCGCUAUGCUCCCGUCUCUGGUCGACGAGAUUCUCUCCUUGUUGAUUCCUGAUUUGUAUCGACUCGAGGAUGAAAGGCUGAGCACUUGCUUCAGGCCAGGGACCAUCGCCAAAGAGCACACGUCCGCUGCGGUGUUAAUACCUUGAGCGUCUCUUUGCAGGACCGCAGACCCACAUUGAUCACGCCAUCAUCUUACACUCCAUGCUGUUGGGGUUCUACGUGCUCCAUUUGUCGACUGGAGUUCCACGAUCUUGCUUCGGUCGAAGUCUGACCGUCGCCUUCGUUCUUCAAAGUCAUGGCAGGCACGUCUCAGAUUCCAGUGCUCGAUCUAUCAUGGGCAGCAGACCCGGACAAGAAGCCCGCUUUGCUACAACAGUUACGAUCCGCCUUGUUCGAUGUCGGCUUCCUCUACAUCACGAAUCAUGGUGUACAGCAGAGCACCAUAACAGGCCUAACAGACCUGCUACCAGCUUUGUUUGCCCUGCCCAACGAAGAGAAGGCCGCGUUGAGCAAGCUCAAUAGUCCGCACUUUUUGGGAUACAGUGGCUUUGCUGAGGAGACCACGCUGGGCAAGCAUGAUCUGAGAGAGCAGUUCGAUUUUGCUACGGAGCUUCCUGUCGUGUAUGAUGAGCCUGGAAACUUCACCAAGCUCUACUGGAGGCUGCGAGGAGGCAAUCAAUGGCCGGCGGAGAGCUCUCUACCAGGCUUCCAAGAAGCUUUCACCCAAUACCACGACGCAGUUCAAGCGCUGUCGUACAGCUUCGUUCAUCUCGUCGAGGAGGCCUUCUCCAUUCCAGUCGGCACAUUUGACCACUUCUUCGGUCGACUGCCUCCAGAGAACACUACGAGCACAUUCGAACACCAAAGAAGAUUCUUGCCACCCCAACAUCGAAUAAAGCUCCUUCGCUACCCACCCUCUCAGGGCAACGAAGGAGAUCUGGGCGUGGGUGCCCACAAGGACUCCUCUGGCUGGCUGACCUUUCUCUAUCAAGUCGGAUCCGAGCCAGGUCUCGAAGUCCUCUCCGCUUCCGGUGACUGGAUCGCAGCAACACCCAUCCCAGGCUCUUUCGUUGUGAACUUCGGCAAUGCUUUCGAAGCCGCUACCGAAGGCGCAGUCAAAGCUACGAUACACAGAGUCAUUGCACCGGGGCCAGAGAGCAAUGUGCGGUACUCCAUCCCUUUCUUUCAGGGUUUACCGCUGGACAUGACUGUGUCGGAGGUGAGAGAGUACAUUCCUGAGCAUGUUCGGAGGUUGCGGAAGGAUAGUGGGCAGGUGGAAGAUGGGCUUUCGGCUUUUCUGGAUCCGAGAUGGGAUUCGCUUGGUGAGAGUCAGUUGAGGAAGUGGAUCAGAAGUCACAAAGACGUGGCGUUGAAGUGGUAUGGGAAGGAAGUGGUGAAUUACUACGCUAAUUGA